AGAGCAGCAGCAGUCGACACCACCCUCUCCGGCUGCCAUUCCCACUCCAUCUCCGUUCCUCUCCCGCAUCAUGAUGCUGUCGAGAGCUGCGCGUCCGGCUCUCAGGGCCGGCGCUGCGGCUGCCGUCCGGCCCGCAACCCUCAAUGCCACCAGUGCCGCCAACUACGCCACUCUGCGCGAGAUUGAGGACCGACUCAAGUCGAUUCGCAACAUUGAGAAGAUCACGAAGACGAUGAAAAUUGUCGCCUCCACCAAACUCACCCGCGCCCAGAGGGCCAUGACGGAGUCCCGGACGUACGGCCAGACUUCCAACACCGUUUUCGAGAAAGCCGAGACGAAGCCGCUCGAGGGUGAUGGCAAGAAGACCUUGUAUGUGGUGUGCAGCUCCGACAAGGGUCUCUGCGGUGGUAUCCAUUCGGGUCUGUCCAGGACAGUGAGGAAGCUUCUGAUCGAGAAGCCGGACUCCGACCUUGUGGUUUUGGGCGAGAAGUGCAAGGCCCAGCUCGGCCGUUCAAAUGGCAAGAACAUCCAGCUCAGCUUCGCUGGUGUGGGCAAGGAUGUCCCCACCUUCGCCGAUGCGUCUGCCAUUGCCGACCAAAUCUCCCUGCUACCCACCGACUAUGCCUCGAUCCAGAUCAUUUACAACAAGUUCCUCAACGCCCAGAGCUACGAGCCCACCAUCAUUGAGGCUUUCUCGGAGGAGGCUAUUGCCCAGUCUCCCAACUUCUCUGCUUUCGAGAUUGACGACGAGGUCCUGGGUAACCUCCGUGAAUACGCUCUUGCCAAUUCCCUCUACUGGGCACUGGCUGAGGGUCACGCUUGCGAGCAGUCUGCUCGACGAAACGCUAUGGACAACGCUUCCAAGAACGCCGGAGAUAUGAUCAACAAGUUCCAGAUUCUGUUCAACCGCACUCGUCAAGCCGUCAUUACUGGCGAACUCGUCGAAAUUAUUACCGGUGCCGCCGCUUCGGCAGAGGGUUAGACAAAAGUUGGUUGAUCUAGCUCUACAUGUCUCAGGUGUCGACAGCAUUCCGGCCUUUGGGUCGUGUAGAAUAAGUACAUGUUCUUUAUAGGUUCAUUUGUUAACCAUCCAUCUUGAUAUCUCAUGCAUAGCGCCAACCAAUCGAUCCGACCUUGAUCUCGUCCAAACACAGGUGCUUAGAGGAGGUUGUGACGAUGUGAGGUACUGUCGCC